UACACUGUACCUGUGGAUAAUGUGCUCUUGACAGUGCUGGGCCAGGGCAGGAUAAUCCGACGCUCUCUUUGUCUUGCUUAGCAGCUAUGAGAUACACGAAAAAUAUUGAGAUAUAUGUAUCAGUGACUUCACAACAGGUUGAGUUAUCCUGUCGCAAGCAAGCAUGAAACUCAAGGAACAUUGAUGGUGUCCUUGUGGACCGGGUACUGGCGGAGUUAAAGCAUGCGUUACUUAACUCCGUCUAGCGUGGCUCGAGCUGUCAAGGCAUGCCAUCCGAGGAUAAGUCAAGGCAAGCUCGUCGAACCAGCCGCAUCGAGCUUGUGAGAAAGAUGCAUCUAAGAUAAUCUGGCGCUGAUUAUCUUUGCAUCGCGGAGUUAAUUCCGAGCUGCUCUCCAUGUCUGCUCAGAGCUGGGAAGAGACACGAAGAUAGAAUGCCUUCGAAAAGAGGAAAAAAGGCCUGCACUGAGUGUAGGCAGCAAAAGGCAAAAUGCGAUGCGUUUCUGAAUCCGGGUCAGCCAUGUUCGCGUUGUCAGAAAGUCAAGGCGCGAUGUAUCAUUUCCGACCCCUUCAAGAGGGAGCAUAAAAGAAAACGACUCUCAGAGCUCGAACAGGAGACGGACGAACUCCGACGUAAGCUGAGAACUUCGGAGGCGCGCAGCAGCAUUUCUUCGCCUAUCGCAAUGUUGACUGCCGCAGCUCAGAUGGAAAAUGUUAUAGGCAGUGGAGAGAAUCAAUCUGCGCUUCCUUCGUCACAGGACUCAUUGGGAUAUAGUCAACCAGCAAUUACACAGCCCGCUUUAUUUCCUCCGUCGAUGCCACUGUCUGUUGACAGCGUAUCAGGAAGUCGAGGAUCUGAUAGAACCCUUCCCAGAACCAUCAAUGGUAUCAAGCUGACGAGUGAUGAGAUUGAUGACAUAUUUCAAUUAUUCUUUCAAGACUAUGCGCAAUGGCUGCCGAUCCUUGAUCCCAAGACAAGCCCAAAUACGUAUUACUCCAAGUCGCCAUUCCUUUUUUGGUCCAUCAUAAGAGCAGCGAGUCGAAGCUACUCCAAAAACCCUACUUUGCUGAAUGCGCUCUCGCGCAGUAUUAUGGAGAUGGGUUUCCUAUCUCUGAUCUCCACAUCGUCGGCAAUGUAUACGAUCAAAGGCUUGCUUAUCCUAUUGUACUGGCCAUUUCCUAGGGAGAACGACGCGAUAGACCCUGCUUUCCCCUUAAGUGGCAUGCUACUGCACCUCGCUAUGCAGAACGGCCUUCAUAUCCCCAUGUCGAGUCACGAGUUUUCGAGAGUGAGAAUCGCUGCUCCAUCUGAGGCUGACCUGACCAAGAGAUCGGAAUUAUGGGCACAGUGUGUGAUAGUAUAUCAACGCACUUGUCUCUCAAAAGGCCAGUCUCCUCGGUCGCUUUCCGACCUAACACCCGAACCGAUUCAGAGCCAUGUGCUGUUUCAGCGUAUAUCACCUUCUUUGGCCCUCGAGCUAAGGUGCCAAGAAACCAUCGUGCGGUGCUGUAACGCUGUUCUUGAGAACGGUGUGCGAGCUUUGUCCCCGGAUCAGGAGCGGGCCUUGGACAUUAUUUUGCGCAUGUUCGAUACCCAGGUGAAGGAGCUGGAGUUGCAAUCUUCGUCAGAUACGGAUAGAUUUCAUAUCUUAAUAUGCCGUCUCCACAUCCAGUCGUUCCAUUUGUUCAAGAACAACCUUUCCGACGAUUUCAUUGCUACGCUAGUUGCAAUCUCCUGUACUGUGUUAGAGAAGAUAGGGGAUCUAGGGAACAAACCAGGGCUUUUGGCUGCCAGUCCUCUCCACAUCGUUUCGGCCGCUGGAAUCGCAGCAUGCUUACUAUUGAGGAUAUUGAAGACCUCAGUUUCUGGAAACAUGGACAUCGAAAGAGCGAAAUCGGCGAUUUUCCUCGGGAUCAACAUUAUGAAGCAGAUUUCCGCGGGCGGGAACGAAACUGCAGGGAAAUUCGUGCUAAUACUGAAUCAACUCUGGAACAGUUCGAAGGCCUUCAGAAAGUCAGAGGGCAGUGAGUAUUCAGGUCUAAGAAUCAGGAGUCGUCUAAGCAUGAGCGUUACAAUUGAUGCGUUCUGGCGGUGGCGUGAUGAAUUUGACACGCAACAUAGAACUCUUUUACUUUCCCAAGAAUCAACUGAGGGUCAGCAUAACACCCAUGAGAACUCUGGCGCCACUAGCCACGACAAUCCAGCCAUCCCUUCAGAAAGCCAGGAGGCUUUUUUCUUAGACGACCAGUUUCUUUCGGAUUUCGAGUGGGCACUCGGUGAUAAUCGUCUCUUUCCUCCUACAGAACCAUGUGGUCCUAUAUGGUCAUCGACCACGAGCGGUUUAUGAUUUUUUUUUUUUUUUUUUUUUGACAAAGGUUGUCACUGGAAGGAAAAUGUACACUUUCUUAUUGAAUAUAUGUAGUGAUCGAUAGUAGCAAUGUCUGAUGGUCUGUAUAUAGCUGUAAUAUCUCAUUUCUGUAUGUUAAUCAGUCAUGAUAUAAUCACAUGCAAAGCAUAUGGAAGCAAGAACA